GCUUUGCAACGCGAUACCUUCAUUUGCUGGUCAGAUAUACACGGAUGACCUCGGUUUACGAGUCGCUGCUUCUCAAACUCGCCAAUGUCGCAGAGCUUGCAGUUCAAGACCAGGGCCCGCUGACCCCGCAAGCCAAACAGGCGUUAGUCCGUUCUACCAAGGAAUUCAAGGAUGCUAUGAAAGAGGCGAAUGAAUUUGCAACCACGCUACCCGGUGGAGAGCUUUCUGUGGAGGAACAGGACGAGGUCAUCGGGAUGCUGGAAAACUUGAAGGAGCGCAAGAGGUGUCAACUGGCGGAUUUUGCAGGGAAAGUUGGCGCCAUCUCGUCCGCUGCUCCUCACCCCAACAUGAAGAUGGAGGUAGACUCGACCGCGUCCACGCCUGCUUGAUACACCGCGGCGCGUUCGGGCACUCCUGGAUUGUGAAGUGGACCAGGGGCUUCAGUAUCACAAUUGAGUCUGGCCACCCUCUUCCGACGUCGUCAGUUGGAUGCAAUGUCAGCCCCCACCAGUCAGGCUGGCGGCUGCAUAAAUUUCAACACGUUCCCUCGCUCGUACGCUCACG